AUGUUGAACACAGGUAUACUUUUUAGCUGCUUGUGCCCUUCCUGUGCCAGCCUCUUGCCCACUGGGAGUGACAGUGCCCAGGACCCUCCAUCCUUUCCCUCCAAAUCCAGGCAGGCUGCUGGGCCCUCAGGGAAGUGCCUGCCUGGAGGUGCCUGGGCCAUCGGCGCCUUCCGCCUGUGCCACAGCCAAGUGGCUGCCCUUGCUUCCUCCAGGACAGAACUAAGCCUUUCUGCUGGGAGCCUGCAGCUGGAGCACAAAAGGAGAGAUUUCGCCUCUUGUGGGAACGAGAAGCUCUACUUUGACAGCCAUGCCUUAGGUUUACUCGAAGAAAAUGGGUUCACAACCCAGCAAGCAGAAAUCACUGUCUCUGCAUUGGUCAAGAUCAUGGACACCAACAUGGAUAUUGUCUACAAGGACAUGGUCACCAGAAUGCAACAGGAGAUCGCUGUUCAGCAAAUAAUGUCUCAGACUGCAAAUGUGAAAAAAAGCAUUAUUUUGGAGAAGAGUGAAUUUUCAGCCUUCAGAGCAGAAAAUGAGAAAAUAAACCUUGAACCACAUCAGUUAAAACAAGUAGUGGAUGAAGUAAUCAAAGUCCAAAUAGAUACCAAAUUAGACUUCGAUCUGGAAAAGAGCACAGUGCAAGAAUUGUAUUCGUUGAAUGAAAGGAAGCUGCUGGAAAUGAGGACAGAAAUGGUGUCACUGCAUGCCCAGCAAGAUCAGGCUGUCACCCAAACAAAUAGGAAGAUAGACACUAAGGUCACUGGCCUCAAAAUUAUGCUGGGAUGGCACAAGCUCGAUAACAUUAAAUAUUUAGCAGGGUCUGUAUUUAUGUGUCUAAUAGUAGCUCUGGGAUUUUAUCACCUGUGGAUAUAG